AUGAGUGUUGACGUGUUCGGACGCCAAUUGGGCACUGAUGCUGUGAGAUCUAUCGGCAGCCGGGAUGCUCCUGGUGAAGGCUUUAAGUAUCCUGAAGAAGAUAAUGAUGCCAUAUCCUUGAAGAUGAUACGCAAUAUGUUGAAAGAGGAACUUCGCCUCAUAUAUAAUGUGACUGGAUCUAUGGGUGGUAGAAUUGAUGGAAUUGAAACCAUAAUCCAAUCGUUCCAGAUGAAUUUUCUGAAGACUAUGAGACGAAAGAAUGUUGGUGAUGAAGAAGUACAAGAACAACUGAACAGUCAUUCUGGAACCAUUCAACAUAUAACUGAGGAACUGACAACACUAAAAGAUUCUAUUGCACAUGAGACCAAAAUGGACAACAAGAAGGCAACAGUCGUGGAGGAGCUUCAUAGACCAGCUCGACGAAAUUAUCCACGUCGACGUGUUGAAGUUCGCGGGCUGGAUGAGACGUGGCAGGCAGAUCUUGUGGACAUGAGUGCCUAUUAUCGUGAAAAUGGAGGUUAUAAAUUCCUUUUGACAGUAAUCGAUAUCUUCUCGAAGUAUGCUUGGGCUGUGCCUACGAAGACGAAGAAUGGAAAGGAUGUGAGCAGUGCUAUGAAGUCCAUACUUGAACAGGGCCGUGUCCCACAGAAGUUACACGUGGAUAGAGGUAAAGAAUUCUACAAUAGUCAAUUCAAAAGGCUAAUGCAGAAUUAUAGCAUUACUAUGUACUCAACAUUCAGUAACCUCAAAGCAUCCAUCUGUGAGCGAUUCAAUCGCACGCUCAAGGAGAAAAUGUGGAAACAGUUCAGUUUGCAAGGGACAUACAAGUGGAUUCCCAUUGUCACGAAUUUGGUUCAGUCCUAUAAUAACACCAAGCAUCGCACAAUUAAAAUGAAACCGAAGGAUGUUACUGCCGCUCAUGAGAAGUACCUCUUACAUCACGUCUUUGGGCAACUCAAAACUUAUAAUACAAAAAAAAUCAAGUUUAAGGUUGGAGAUAAGGUGCGCGUCAGCAAAUACAAGAAUGUAUUCCAAAAAGGAUAUACGCCCAAUUGGACAACGGAAAUAUUCACGAUAAGUCAAGUUGUGAAAACCAAUCCUGUCACCUAUAAACUCACGGAUUAUGAGGAUAACCCAAUUGAAGGUGGAUUUUACCAAGAGGAAUUAACGAGAGUUACGAAUCCUGAUGUUUAUCUCAUAGAGAAAAUCCUUCGAAGAUGUGGAAAUAAAGCCUUUGUUAAAUGGCUAGGUUUUGAUAGUUCUCAUAAUAGUUGGAUAAAUAAAGAUGAGUUAAAUAAUAACUAA